UACGAGCACUAAUUCCAUGUCACUCCGUCUCAAACAGAACUCUGUACCAACAGAGGCAUUUGUGGGAGGCCUCCUUGACCCCAGGAGCAAAGACUACGGAGUUCUCUCCACCCCGCACCCCUGCCUGAUUAUUCUGAAUCAUGGAUGUAAAAGGACUCCUCAAAGUGUAUGGAAAAGCUUCGACCUCUACCUCGAACGGGAUGCUGACCCUGGACCUCAUCCAAGAGGAAGACCCUCCCCCUGAGGAGCCCACGUCCUGUGCGGAGAGCUUUCGGGUGGACCUGGACAAGUCCGUGGCCCAGCUGGCGGGGAGUCGGCGGAGGGCGGACUCGGACCGCAUCCAGCCCUCGGACCGGGCAGGCAGCCUUCCCCGACCUUGGGAAAAGCCAGACAAGGGGGCCACCUACACCCCCCAGGCUCCCAAGAAGUUGACACCCACAGAGAAGAGCCGCUGUGCCUCCCUGGAGGAGAUCCUGUCUCAGCGGGACGCCACACCCGCCCGCCCCCUCCAAGUGCGGGCAGAGCGGUCCCCCGACCGCACCCCCCCACACCCCGGGCAGCUGUCCCGGAUCCAGGACCUGGUAGCACGGAAACUGGAGAAGACUCAGGAGCUGCUGGCGGAGGUCCAGGGACUGGGAGACGGGAAGCGAAAGGCCAAGGACCCCCCUGGGUCUCCCCCCGAUUCUGAGUCAGAGCAGCUGCUGCUGGAGACAGAGCGGCUGCUGGGGGAGGCGUCGUCGAAUUGGAGCCAGGCAAAGAGGGUGCUGCAGGAAGUCAGGGAGCUUCGGGACCUGUACAGACAGAUGGACCUGCAGACCCCUGACGCCCUCCGACAGACCAGCCAGCACAGCCAGUUCCGGAAGAGCCUGAUGUGAAGGAGGGCAGGGUCUGUGGCCUAGCGGGUGGAGAGACUUUUAUCUCCAAGUAUCACAGGAUAAAGCUUUUUUAUUUACCUCAAUCCAAAAACAAAAACAAGCUGGUUGCCAUUGCUGAUGCCUGACCGA